UGCCACGGGCAGUGCCCAGGCUCCGCGCCUGCGCACUGCCGUCCGCCACUCCCCGCAGCGUCCUGGCUGGGAGUGUGACAUGGUGCUGUCGGAGCUGGCGGCGCGCCUUAACUGCGCCGAGUACAAGAACUGGGUGAAGGCGGGCCACUGCCUGCUGCUGCUGCGCAGCUGCCUGCAGGGUUUCGUUGGCCGCGAGGUACUCUCCUUCCACCGCGGCCUACUCGCCGCAGUUUCUGGUCUGGGGCCGCGCGCCGCUUGCCGCGGCGGCUCACGGUGCAGUCCGCGCGCCCGCCAGUUUCAGCCACAGUGUGAGGUGUGCGCUGUGUGGAAACGGGAGAUUUUGAGACAUCACGUCAACAGAAAUGGAGACGUGCACUGGGGAAACUGCCGGCCCGGCCUCUGGCCGGUGGACGCCUGGGAGGUGGCCAAGGCCUUCAUGCCCCGAGGACUAGCAGACAAACGAGGACCUGAGGAAUGUGAUGCGGUUGCGCUUUUAAGUCUCAUCAACUCCUGCGAUCACUUCGUGGUUGAUCGAAAGAAAGUCACAGAGGUAAUUAAAUGUCGUAAUGAGAUCAUGCACUCUUCCGAGAUGAAAGUAUCUUCUGCGUGGCUUCGCGAUUUUCAGAUGAAGAUCCAAAAUUUUCUGGAUGAAUUCAAGAACAUUCCAGACAUUGUGGCAGUAUAUUCCAGAAUAGAACAGUUGUUGACAUCUGAUUGGGCUGUUCACGUCCCCGAGGAAGAUCAGCGAGAUGGGUGUGAAUGUGAAAUGGGAACUUACCUGAGUGAGAGCCAAGUCAAUGAAAUAGAAAUGCAGUUACUAAAGGAGAAACUUCAAGAGAUAUAUCUUCAAGCAGAAGAGCAAGAGCUGUUGCCUGAAGAGCUCUCAAAUCGACUAGAAGUGGUGAAGGAAUUUCUGAGAAGCAAUGAGGAUCUUAGAAAUGGCCUUACAGAAGAGAUGCAGAAGCUAGACAGCCUCUGUCUACAUCAAAAGCUGGAUUCAAAGGAACCUGGGAGCCAGACACCUGACAGGAAGGCCUGAGGUUGUUCGUCAACAAAAAUCAGGCAUGUUCUGUGAAAGUCAGCAUGGCUUCUGUCUCAGAUAUCCUUUUCUGUGCAAAAGGAAAAAGUUACCAGAGUAUUGUACCCGAACAAAAAGGAAUUUUUGCUGUUUUGUCCUGGACUUUGCUCUGACUCUUUGGAACUUUCUCAAUAUUCAUAAACUUGGGGUUAUAUAAUCUAUCACAGUCAAAAAAUAUUAGAUACUCUUAUGCCAAAACUUGCUACUAGGCCAGGCGUAGUGGCUCACGCCUGUAAUCCCAGCAUUUUGGGAGGCCGAGGUGGGCGGAUCACCUGAGGUCAGAAGUUCGAGACCAGCCUGGCCAACAUGGUGAAACCCCCAUCUCUA